AUGGCUACGUCGUCACCGAAGCUUGAGGCUUCGCCCUCCGAAGACAACAUCUUUGCGAAUUCUUUCCAGGAUCUUGAUAUUCAGAGUGACAAGGGUCUUACACCAAGCCCUGUCCCGAGCCAACCAAGCUCUGAUCCACCACAAGCCGCCACCAACAACAAUAAACAACAAAAUCAAAGACGUCCAAAGCAAAAGAAGAAGCAAGAUCCGCCAAAGGUCUCGGAGUCAGACGAGCCCCUCAUUACACCGGUUGGAGACCCCUGGCCUCGGCCAUAUCACUUUGAGGGAGAUGGAUUGCGUCGGGUAGUUCCAUACCAUUAUACUUACAACACACAUUGCAAGGAGAGAUGGCGGAACAGACCCCUCCUUGAAAUCUAUGAAUCUGAAUUCAGGGACCGUCCGCUAGAGUACUAUCGGCAGUCGAUGAUACGGGGAACUAUCUUUGUUAAUGGUCGGCGAGUCGGGCCCGAUUAUAUUCUCCGGAAUGGUGACCUCAUUUCUCACACUCUGCACCGUCAUGAACCUCCGGUAACAGAGGAUCCUGUACAGAUCAUCCACGAGGAUGAAGAUAUGAUCGUUAUCAACAAGCCCGCGGGUGUUCCCGUGCACCCUGCAGGCAGGUACAACUUCAACUCGGUUGUUGAGAUUAUGAAAUCAGACCGCGGCCCAGCAUUCUUGCCAUACCUCUGCAACCGCCUGGACCGUCUCACAAGUGGUAUCAUGUUCAUUGCCAAGAACCCACCUGCUGCAGAGGCUUUGGGCAUCAAGAUCAAGGACCGCACAGUGAGAAAAGAAUACAUCGCUCGAGUGAUGGGCGAGUUCCCCGAUGGCGAGGUUGUUUGCGACCAACCCAUUCUACAAAUAUCUCCCAAGCUUGGCCUUAACAGGGUGCGCGCGAAUGGCAAGACAGCCCGAACUGUGUUUAAGAAGUUGGCCUACUAUCCUGCCGAGGGAGAGAGCGAAGCAAACGACCGCCCUAAAACUCCUGAACAAGUUCAGGAGGAGAAACUUCGCCCUUGGGCAAACAAGAAGGGAUACUCCAUUGUUCGAUGUCUCCCUGUUACAGGUCGCACUCAUCAGUUGCGGGUUCACCUUCAACAUCUUGGCCAUCCUAUUCAAAAUGAUCCUAUCUAUGCUAACCGGCGGGUCUGGGGCGUUGAUCUGGGACAAAACGACGCCGAUGCGACUCAAAACACAGACGAAGACAUCGUGAGCCGGCUGUCUCGGAUGGGCAAAGACGAAGUGGCGGAAGCUGUUGCUUAUUACGAUGCCAUGGUGGAUAGAUAUGAAGAGAAGAGGGCCGAGAAGCUUACGGGCGAGCUCUGCGACAUUUGCGAGACACCUCUUUACUCGGACCCUGGUGAACAUGAGCUAUCGCUAUGGCUCCACAGUCUUCGGUAUGAAGAUGCAGGCGGUGCCUGGUCAUAUGUUAGCCCGUUGCCUCGAUGGGCUCUUCCACCGAAGGGAAUGAGUGGCCCAACAUCGGUGGGUGGGAUGGAGGAAUUGGUGGAGGCGGUUAAGGACGAGAACCCUGAGAUAUCAUGA